UCAUCUUGGUUCUUGUCCUUCUGAGUUUCUGAGGUUUCAUUGCUCGAAUAACUAGUUGAAGCUGGAAAUCUUUAUUAGGAAGAACUGAGGGAGGAAAGAUUGAAGGCAAAGGAAGAAGCAGAGGACCUUGCACAGGAAAUGGCUGAACUAAGGUAUCAGAUGACGUGUUUGCUUGAAGAAGAACGCAAACGCCGUGCUUGCAUUGAACAAGCGUCUUUACAAAGAAUAGCUGAGUUGGAGGCACAGAUUCAAAAUGAACCACAAAGAUCUUUGGCUGUUGUUAGAUGUCACCAUCAAACAUAGUAUUUGCUGCACUAGGAUUUGGCAAGGUCAACCAAUUCAAAAAUUUUGGUGCCUGGUCAAUGCUGUGGCGUGCUUGUUAAUAUUUCUGGCAGAUUCCAGUAAUGGGUUGUGAUGUGUGAUUUUUCUCAAGGGAUAUCUUGCAGCGAACAGAAACAUGGUCUAAUGGUGGAUGUAGAUGUAUAUAUUUUGCAUCAACAGAGAGUUUGAAGGAUGAAAUUAUGAGGUGGCCACAUGUACCAGGUUGAACUAAGUUUCGUUCUUCCUCUUCUUUAGUAGAUAGGUUCACAUUGAGAUUAGAGUUUUACAUAUUUGAUAAAGGUUGUGAGGGUGCAUUUGAAGAUUGCAAACUGUAAAGUAGAUCUGCCAAACAAAGCAUGUUUUGCAGUAGAAUUUCUCUUGGACUUCAUUCUUUGUAAGAUGAAGACAUGGAUGUAUAGAAUUAACUCUGUAAUUAGAUUGAAAGGAUAAGUUUUAAGUUUUGACUAUUCAACUACCAGACAGACUCACAUACAUUAGUUAUUCGGUUCCAUUUGAGGUAAUGGAGUCAUGACUAUGAGCACUGUAUCUUUUGUUCUCUUCCCGAAGUAUCAAUGACUGA